GCAAGAGACCAGCGGCGAAGAAGAAGAGAGCACGAAGCCGAGAGAUCGAGCGCUCGAUCCAAUCGUAGGGCUUCCGAUUUGAGACACCACGGCUAGCCUUGCAGCCGACCGGCGGGCAACCGACCGCCACCUCAACCCCCACGGCCGCCACCAACAAGUGGAGCGCCGCCGGGCUACCGACGAGGCCCUCCGCCUCCCCCUAGACAAGCAGCGCAGCCCCGCCCCACACGGCGGCCGCGGCGCCCUCCCCUCCGCCGGCGGCCACCCCUCCGACCUCCUCUUCCUUGCCGGCGGCGGCCCUCUAUCUGCCCUCCUCUUUCCCCGCUCUUAAUUGACCUGUUCCUCCCUCAUCUACGUAUCGAUAGAGUUGUAUAGAGAUGCUGACCAUCAAGAGGGUCCCCACCGUAUUUUCCAACUACCAGGAGGACGCCGCCGAGCCCCGCGGCUGCGGCCGGAACUGCCUCGGCAAGUGCUGCUUGCCCGUCUCAAAACUUCCCCUUUAUGCCUUCAAAAGCGACUCGAAGCCGCCGGUUUCUCCCUCUGGCGCCACCGAGGAUCCACCGGCCGACUUUUUCCUCAACGCCCUUUUGCUUGGACAGUGGGAAGAUCGGAUGAGCCGGGGGUUGUUCCGGUAUGAUGUGACGGCCUGCGAAACCAAGGUGAUCCCUGGGGAGCAAGGGUUCAUUGCCCAGCUGAACGAGGGCCGCCACCUCAAGAAACGGCCCGCCGAGUUCCGGGUCGACCGCGUCCUCCAGCCAUUUGAUCCUGCCAAGUUUAACUUCACCAAGGUUGGCCAGGAGGAGGUGCUGUUCCGCUUCGAGGCCGGGGGAGCCGACAAGAGUCGCUUCUUUGAGAGUGCCUCUGUUGAUGAAGCCAACCCUCCUAGCGUCGUCGCAAUCAAUGUAAGUCCUAUUGAGUAUGGUCAUGUGCUGCUGAUCCCGCGUGUGCUCGACUGCUUGCCUCAGAGGAUCGACACCGAGAGCUUCUUGCUUGCCCUCCAUAUGGCAGCAGAAGCAGGGAACCCUUACUUCAGGCUGGGAUACAAUAGUUUGGGUGCCUUUGCCACUAUUAAUCACCUGCAUUUCCAGGCUUAUUGCUUGUCGGUGCCGUUCCCGGUGGAGAAGGCUACAACAAAAAAGAUACCAAUAGCUAAGGGCCUGGCUGAUGGUGGUGUGAAAAUCUCACUAUUGAUGAAUUAUCCUGUGAGAGGCCUGGUUUAUGAGGGUGGGAACACCUUGAAGGACCUAGCUGAUGUGGUAGCCAACUCCUGCAUUUGCCUUCAAGAAAGUAACAUACCAUUUAAUGUGCUUAUUUCUGACUCAGGCAGAAGAAUCUUUCUUUUUCCACAGUGCUAUGCUGAAAAACAGGCUCUUGGUGAAGUGAGCCAGGAGCUCUUGGAUACUCAAGUGAACCCUGCUGUAUGGGAGAUCAGCGGGCACAUGGUGCUGAAGCAAAAGAAAGAUUAUGAAGAGGCAUCAGAGGACUAUGCUUGGAGGCUGCUGGCUGAGGUCUCCCUCUCUGAAGAAAGGUUUCAAGAAGUCAAAGCUUGUAUCUUUGAAGCCACAGGUUUGGUGGAGGCCGAAGUGGAAGAUACAGAUGCGAACGAGAAUAAAGGAACUUAUCAGUCUACCACAGCUUCCAAUACUCAUUUCCCAGAAGGCUGUCUGGUUCUACAGUGAAUGAUGAGCCUUCAUCUGCUACUGCUGUUUGCUUUCGCUUGCUUGCUUCUGUACCAAAUAAGGGCCGUUAUGGUGCUGUUUUGUGCAGGAACGUUGCCUGAGGACUUGUUUUUCUUCAGUGUGUGCUCUUUGUUGUUGGCUUAUGUUCCAAUUUUCAGACUGCCAAGCAGAUGCUGAAUCUAUUGUUUGUUUUCAACCCAUAUCUAGUUCUAUCAUGUUCUCGUUCUCAUUGAUGUUUCUAAUGAAGUCUAUGGGCCUAAAAUGAGUACCAAGACAACUAGUGAGAGCAUGUAAAAAUGAGUACCGAGAUGUUUGACACAAUUUGAAAAGCUAGUGAUUACGGCCAACCACUUUUGAUCGAUAGAAUCGUGGUUCUUUUCCAACCUGUGCGUAAAGUCUGCGCGUAAUGAAGAUAGGAGAAGUGAGGGAGUUCUAUUUUGUCCAUUUUCAAUUCAGUAUGGUUCUGUCCCUUCUGUAAUGUCAGAUGAAUAAAUAUACUAAUUCUGCUUC